GCCGCGGAGCACGCCGGGAGGAACAGCCCGCCUCCCGUCGCCCGUGCGCCUGCGCCGGCUCCUUGCGUCUGCGCACUAGCGCCCGCCCGCUCUCGGGUCCUGACGUCACGAGGCGACCGCCGCUCCAUCCGGGUCUCCGGGCACCGCCCCCUCGGGUGACGCCACAAUCGCGGUCGUCUCCUCCGUGACGCAGUCAAACCCGGUCCGUCGCGUUGUGACGUCACCGAGCCCGGGCCCCGCCCUCCCGUUUUCUCCCCGGGCACCUCCCUCGGCUUCCCCCAAGGGGCGGGGCAUUACCAUGAAGCGGGGGCAAGAGCCUAAGCCGGCCCCUGGUGGAGCAGGUGAGGCGGGACCAGGUGGGAUGGCGGAAUGCCCCCUGGUUCCAGCUUGUCCCACGGGCCGGCCCGGACGGCUCCAACGCCAUCUCCUGAGCGGCGAGUUCGACCAGCUGCGAGACUUCCCCAUCUUUGAGAGCAACUUCGUGCAGGUGACCCGGUUAGGAGAAGUUGCCAACAAGGUCACCAUGGGGGUGGCAGCCUCCAGUCCAGCCCUGGAACUCCCAGACUUGUUGCUUCUGGCGGGCCCUGCCAAGGAGAACGGACGCCUGCAGCUCUUCGGGCUGUUCCCCUUGCAGUUUGUCCAGCUCUUCGUCCACGACGAAAGCCGCUGGCAACUCAAGGUCAAGUUCCGCACCGGCCGCGCCUUCUACCUGCAGCUGCGGGCCGCGCCGGAGACCCGCGACCGCGAGUUCGGCCAGUGGGUGCGGCUGCUCUACCGCCUGCGCUUCCAUUCGGCCCAGGGAGCCGUGCCCUUCACGCAGGACUACUCGGCGCUGGAGGACGACGAGGACGAUGAUGAGGACGAGGAUCUGACGGAGCAGGAGGAGCUUCAAGCCAUGGAAGCCAGACUGGACCCACAGACCUCUGAACUCUGGGGACUCUGAUUCCCCCAACAUUCUUUGAGGUCACCAAAAGACCAGAGAUCAAAGUGUCCCCUACCUCAGGGCCGGACAGAUGAAUUAUUAAAGUUAAUAAAGAACGGCCACUUAAGA